AUGAAAAUUCUGCAAAAGAAAGGUUAUAAAGUGGAACGUCCCUUGAACAAGGGGUCCUAUGGCACUGUUGUCCUGGCGCAUCGCUUAUUUCGUACUACUCGGUACAAAGAUAGCAAAUAUGCAAUAAAGUGUAUCAAAAAGCCUUCCCCAAUUUUUCUGGAUGAAGUGAAUAUCCUUCGGGAACUCUCUCGUUACCGUCAUCGUAACAUUAUUCACUUUGUCGAGUCUUUUGAAGACCAUGUAUAUUACUACGUUGUGCUUGAGUACUGCCCAUUUGGUGAUUUGUACGAGUGUAUUUUGAAUGACGACUUCCCAAAUGCUAAGAAUCAACCGGAAAUGAUCAAAGAUAUUUUUCUCCAAGUCGUUGAUGGUGUUUCCCAUAUGCAUUCUCUUGGUAUUUAUCAUCGAGAUUUGAAACCAGAAAACUUUCUAUUAUCUCUGUCUGAUGACGGCAAUGAUCUUGUUGUGAAAAUCAGUGAUUUUGGUCUUGCUUGCAGAGAUACCACUUCUCAUGAAUAUGGCACCGGGAGUGACCGUUAUAUGGCCCCAGAACAAUUCGAAGAGGUCGACGAUAUGGGGUACAGUCCCCGUGCCGCUGAUAUCUGGGCCAUUGGAAUUUGCCUCCUGAAUCUUAUUUUUGCCCGCAACCCUUUUGCUUAUCCAAAUGAACGGGAUCCUAUUUUCGCGGAUUACGUACUUGAUCCCAUGACUUUGUUUGAUGUAUUCCCUACUCUCAGUCAGGAUACAUACGAAGUCUUGAGAGCUUGCCUAUGCGUUACACCUGAGAAACGUUCUUUGGAAAAGACCAGGGAAGCUGUAAUAGCUGUCAACAAUUGGACGACGGAUGGUGAAGAAUUAGAAACUAUUGUGAACGAGGACGAAGAUUUUUGCCCUUCGAACUUUCUGUUUGAUGAAAAUAUCAUUCGUUGUACACAAUCCGAUAGAGAACCUUUACGAACACCUUCUUUACUAACGCCCGCUGCUACGAUGCAACGUGGAUUGCUUCCUUCGAAACUUCAACCCCUCUCUGACUUAGAUGAGAAUGUGUCUGUUGUAUCUUCCCCCCAGUCUCCUAUUUCUCCAGCUGCUGUUAACACCAGCGAUCGCUCAUAUGACUCUGGGCUCGGCGAAAGCUUGAAAAAUAUGCAUAUUAGUAAGCCUACUCCUAUGCCUGUCAACACCAAGCGAUCUCCCUACUCGUGCAGUGCGCCAGCCAUCGUCUUUCCUAACAGCAUCAAGGGCAACAAAGAUCAUUUGAAGUUUGGACGUAGUUGGUGUGAUAUGGAUGAAGAAGAAGAAGACAAUCUUAGCAUUGGCAGUCAUGACGAUUUUGGAGCCGCUGAUGAAAUAAAUGCAAAAGACUUUGGACUUGCUGAUGACUGGAACGUGCUUUCGCAAUGGAAUGAUAACGCUUAA